AUGGCUGGAAGUGAAUUCAUCCAAGAUGUCGUGAAGCUCAUCACAGUUCGGUCCGGGCUGCCGAGUACAAACCCGACGACUCCGACCUGGCAGACUCCACCGCAUCCAACCGUAGCAACAGCGCAAUCCCACGGCUUGCCUUCGGAAACCGACAUCAUUAUCAUUGGUUCAGGUAUCACUGGUAUCGGUGCCGCACACUCCCUCUUGAAUCAUCCGAAAGGAAAUGGCCUCAAGGUGACUAUGCUUGAGGCCCGCACGGCCGUAAGCGGAGCUACUGGUCGUAAUGGAGGACAUCUUGUCUCUGAUAGCGAUUCCCUGUUUCCAGCUCUUGCCGAAACGAUUGGCGUUGAGCGUGCGAUAGAGACUGUGCGGUUUAGCGAUGCGAAUAUUCGUCGCCUAAAGGAGCUUAUCGCUCAGUUGGACCCCGAGGAUAGAGAAGCAGUGGAAUUUCGCGAGGUGACAUCAGCAACGUCCUUUACGGAUCAAAGUUCAUUUCGAGGCGCUAUUGAAGAAGUCAAGCAACUCUUCAAAGCGGUGCCUGACAGUGACAUCAAGUUCAAAGUAUAUAACAGGGAGGAGGCGGCCCAGAUCUUCAAAUUCACCAAUGUUGUCGGCGCAGUCGCCCAAACCGGAGUUGCAGCCUUAUGGCCAUAUCGACUUCUUACUGCAGUCUUAGCCUCCCUCAGAAAAGAGUUCUCAAACCGCUUCUCACUCGAGACGAACACGCCCGUGCUAUCAGUACAAGCUCAAGACGAUGUUUUUGAGUAUCCGUACCUCGUGCGCACACCGAGGGGAUCAAUUCGAGCAAAGAAUGUCAUUCAUUGCACCAAUGGGUAUUCAAGUCAUCUAAUCCCCGGUCUCGUUGGCAAUCUAUAUCCAUUACGAGGAACCAUGUCUACGCAGAAACUUGGCCCGAACUUUCCACGAGCCGGUCACAAUAUGUCUUGGUCACAAGUCUCUCUUGGCACAUAUGACGCAAAUACUGGACAUAUUCAUCUGGGCUUGUACUACGCUCAACAGAAUGCAAAGACGGGGCUAAUGUUUCUCGGCGGGGAGUCCCAGAGCCUUGGUGGUCUUCUCACAAGCGACGACUCAAACGUCGCAGAAGAUGCUCGCCAAACCCUAAGUUCUGCAGCCCCGAAGAUAUGGAAAGAUGCCGCUCCCGCAGAGGCCCUGAAUGUAUGGUCCGGAAUAAUGGGGUUCACGGCAGACGGUAUGCCCAUUGUGGGAAAGCUUCCGCAGAACCUCACAGGACGAAGUGGAAGUGGGGAGUGGAUUGCUGCGGGAUUCAAUGGCCAUGGGAUGGAUAAGUGCUGGCUUACUGGGGAAGCUCUGGCGAGGAUGGUGCUUGGGGAGACUGAUGUUCCUGGGUUUCCAAAGGCAUACCUGUUGAGUGAUGAUCGGAUGAAGAGUUGGUCACCUCAGGGAGCUGCUGAGACUCUGAUGGACCAUAUCAUGGUUGGGAGCCAGGUUCCGACAAGUCAUCUUUAG